CAAAGCUGUGUGCAUGUCCUGUGGCUGCUCAUUACUGACCCUGAUUAAGAGUGGUGCACUGCUCCCCACGUUUCGUUCUAAAUGGAAACUGCCGAGUUCUAUUACGUUUAUUACUUAGCUCAAGAUUAUCUGCAAUAUGUGCUUCAGGAAUCACACCUCGGACCAGCCCAAACCAGGGUUGCUCACGUCUUGCGAAAUAUUGCAUCUUCACUGCAAGAUCAAACCGAGGAGGCUCUCAGACCAUUCUUGGACAGGAUUGAUAUUACCUCUGUAGCUGUUGCCAAGAGAAUUUUCAAUGGUGUCAUGGAAGAAAAAUUUGCUGAUGGAAAUACUAACUGGGGACGAAUUAUGACCAUAUUUACGUUUGGAGGUCUUCUCACUAAGAAGCUUCAAGAGCACGGAGUUCAGCUGACUGGAGAGGAGAAGGAGCAGAUUUCUUAUUUCAUCACAGAGUACAUAAUUAACAACAAAGCCGAAUGGAUAGAUGCGAACGGUGGCUGGGAAAAUGGCUUCCUAACGAAGUUUGAAAGAAGAUCACUACUAUCUUUCUCCAAAAUUACAGCCAUGUUCAUAGCUCUUUUUUCCUUGUUCAGAGAGUACUACUGAAAUAAACGGACCUGCCAUUCAUGUGUAAUCUAGAUAUUGCCACAAGCUUCAUUGCUAAGCUUUCCUCCAAGCAAUAUCAACAAGAAAAUAAUAUUCUUCCAUAAUUUGUUUUUAAUUUAUUUGUAUUUAUUUUUACUAAAUACAAUGUUUAACAUGCUAUCCUAAUUGCCAAACCUGAAGAUGAGAUCCCUCCAAAGAGGAAUUGACACAACAUCAUGCAGCAAUUCAAGUCACCCUUUCCAGGCAGGACUGCUUCGAGAGAGAGAUCAUCCUCCACAUCCAGACAGCUCUUGGGAUAUCUGUUGCAC